GUGAUGUACAGCAAUCUCUCGUACAAUAAUUACAUCCAUUACUUGUAAGUAGGACAAGCGCCUAUAUGUCCCCCGUCUCACGUGAUCUUAGAGUCAUGCUAUCAUCAUCUCUGCAAGGAAUGUUGAAGGAACUCUAACACCUCCCCAGUACCUUCAAAUUACUCCCUUUGUCAUGCCAGGCCUUGCAACUACGGGGGUAAAUGCAUCAGCCUCUGCUUCCCCUGUGGUUUCUUUCGAUAUCUGCGAAACUUACGCUUCAUUCCUGAAGAAUGAGGAGCUAUCGGCUCCCCUCGCUGCGAUCCUAGCCCUGAGCAAGUUGAUUGAGAUAUCGGAUGCUGGGACCAUGCUUGAACUAGUGAAAGCUCUAAAUGACGGUGCAGGAGCUUUGAAGGCCUCAACUUCCAAUCCCAUCAGUUUGAACGCUGGGUGCGAAUUAUUCAUCGCGUUUGUCACACUGCUCCCGCAUGAUUCCGCAAGUUUCUCCGAUUUAAAACUGGAACUUGUUAGACAAGGCCAAAAAUAUGCUACUGAGGCUCUCACUUAUCGCGAUAAAAUUGCAAGCCUUGCGUUGGGGUUCAUCAAAGAUGGUUCGGUGAUCCUUACUCAUUCCUAUUCGAGAGUCGUGAUGAAGACCCUACUCCGUGCCCAUGAGAGAAAGAGAAUAUCGGUCUACGUGACAGAAGCACGGCCUCGUGGCUUAGGCCUACGGACCUAUGAAGAACUUACUGCCGCAGGUAUACCCUGCACGGUAGUGCUAGAUUCGGCGGUAUCAUAUGUCAUGGAUAAGGUAGACUUUGUCCUAGUGGGAUCAGAAGCUGUCGUAGAAAGUGGCGGCCUGAUCAAUGCCGUUGGCAGUAACCAGAUCGCAAUCAUUGCACAAGCCGCGAAUAUCCCCUUUUAUGCCCUCGCUGAGAGUUACAAAUUCCAUCGUCUAUUCCCGCUAUCACAGUAUGACCUGCCAACGCACACAUCCAAUAUUCUGUCUUUUCCUUUGUCCCCGGGAGGCAAUGUUGCGUCACCUCCGACCACGGGCGCGAUCAAAUCAGCACAUGAAAAGUCCGGUGAUGCCGACUACAUACGACAAAUGACACCCGAACAAAUUUCGUGCAACCCUGGAGUGGACUAUACCAGACCGGACCUGAUUACGCUGGUAUUCUCCGACGUUGGCAGCUUGACUCCUGAAGGGGUCAGCCAAUAUGUUGUGGGGAUGUUUGCAGGAUAACAAAAUUGUCCAUUUAUUCCUCAUCACCAAUCGCCUUCAUCCGGCGAUAGGCACGAUAGAGUUUACAAUUAGCCUUUGUCAUUUUCAAGAUCAGUUGCAGAUCAACCUGCGUGUAAGCGGGAUCUUUCUGUGGUGCAAUGUUAAUCAGGAGGAGGGACGUCAUAUUCUUCUGGUGUUCAACCGCAUUUGCGGCCGCCCUUGAGAUGAAACAUGCGUAAUCCUGCGGGAGAGACCCAGGCCAAUACUUCGGCGCCAUCAGUCUGAUUCUGGAUGAUAAAG